UAGCGCUCGCUCGCAUGUAUUCUUCUGUGCAUAUUUUUUGUCUUGUUGGAUCAUUUAUUUUUGUCCCAUUUUCGAACAAUUUUUUAUUUUUAUUUAUUUAUCCAGUGAUUCUUUUAUAAAUUAUCUUCUAAAAUUUGCAUUUUCGAAAGAAACUAAAUUUUUUUAAUAAGAAUGACACAAAUGGAUUCGGAAACGAUUCCAGGAUCAGCUUCUUCAUCUAUGAUGAACAAUUCAUCAAAUAAUUCUAAUCAACAAUCAUCCAGUUUAAUCCAACAAUACAAUUGGUAUUAUGAUAAAACUGAACUAAAACGAACACCUUCGAUAUUGGAUGGUAUAAGUUAUGAAAAAGAACGAAUGUAUCGAAAUGAUGGUGCUCGAUUCAUUUUGAAUGCUGGCCUUCAGAUGAAGCUCCGUUACGAUACAUUGGCCACCGGUGUCGUAUACUUUCAUCGAUUUUACAUGCGACAUUCGUUCAAAGUUUUUCCUCGUUAUGUUACUGCAGCUUGUUGCCUAUUUUUAGCCGGAAAAGCUGAAGAAACGCCUAAAAAAUGUAAAGAUAUUAUAAAAAUUGCUCGUACAUUGAUGGAUGAUAAUCAAUUUGGUACAUUUGGUGAUGAUCCAAAAGAAGAAGUUCUUACACUAGAACGAAUCGUUUUGCAAACGAUACGAUUUGAUUUACAAGUAGAACAUCCGUAUAAAUACCUAGUUAGCUACGCUAAAUGUUUCAAAGGAAAUAAAGAUAAAAUACAGGGCAUGUUACAAAUGGCAUGGACAUUCACCAACGACAGCCUUUGUACUACCAUUUGUUUACAAUGGGAACCAGAAAUAGUUGCUAUCGCCAUGAUAUUUUUAGCUUCGAAAAUUCGUUAUGAGAUAACCGAUUGGGAAGGUCGAUUACCACAUCAGAAACAUUGGUGGGAUAUUUACGUCGAAGAUCUUUCUGUUGAAUUGCUUGAAGAUAUUUGCCAUCAGGUUUUAGAUUUGUAUUCGAAUUCUAAUGAAGAACCAGGUCGAUCACCGCCACAACCUCAAUUAUCACAAUCUGCAACGCAAUCGUCGCCAUCGACUCCAAUAAAAAUGUUUCAGCAACAGCAACCUUCAUUACCUACUGGACCACCGCCAACGCCAGUAGCAGUCCCAGUCGCAUCACUUGGGCAAUUCCGUCCGAUUUCCAAUGCGACAGCGAUUACUGCUGCUGUAACUGUACCCCCAUCCAUUGUUCCACCAAACACAACAACCAUUCCUGUGGUCACAAAUCUAGCUGCACAAACCCAAAUUUCUGCCGCUGGAUUACCACAUCAAUGGGACCCAUCAAUGGCAACGUUUUAUAAUUUUCCAUUAGCUGGAAUUACAGCUGGUAAAACUCAUGUCAUUCAUCCUGUUCAUAUGGUGCCGCCACCGCCACCACCUCUACCGCAUGGAAUCAAUGCCAUUGGAUUACCUACAAUUGCAACUGUAGCCCAACCUGGCAGAUUACCGGUAUUAGCGCCGCAACCGCCAAUUCCUUCUCCAUUCAUCUCAUCAGCUGGAGUUAAUCCUCAUCAACCUACUUAAAUUUUGUUCAUGUUAUAAUUCUCACUGUCAUGCAAGCAAAGAAAGAAAUUUAAUUUUUGUAUUAUAAAUUUUUUUUUGAUUUUA